UGUGAGGAUCCGUCCGGAGGAAGCGGGGCGGCCAUCUUGGAUGGUAUAGUAGUAGCGGCACGGAGGGGGCAGAGCGCUGUAGCUUGGGGCGGAGAAGAUAGCACACAUUGCCCCCCUCCAAAUGUCCAUAGGAGCCCGGGGAGCGAGGAGGGGGCCGUACAGCAGGACAGCGCCCGUGAGCCCGCCCCCCGUGUGCGGCGCGGAGAGCCCGUGAGCCUCGCCCCGGUGACAUUACAUCUCACUCGGGGCCUGUGGGACCGGAGGGUUUGGAGUCUGUGUACACAGAGGAGAAUGGAGGAGACCGCAGUGUGAGAGAAUGUACCCCCGGGAGCCUGCGGAGAAGAGCGGACUGUAACCACUAGACCCCCGCACCGUCCCCCCGGCCUCCUCACGUCACAGGGCGAUCAGAAGGGACCCCGCCAUGUCCACCCGAACCCCCCUGCCCACGGUGAAUGAACGGGACACCGAGAACCACACGUCCCAUGGAGACACCCGGCAAGAUGUGCCACCCCGCUCUGCCCGCUCUGGAGCCCGAAACAGGAACUCGAUAGCGUCCUGUGCCGACGAGCAGCCGCACAUUGGAAACUACAGGCUUCUAAAAACAAUCGGCAAAGGAAACUUUGCAAAAGUCAAACUGGCUCGGCAUAUCCUGACUGGCAGAGAGGUCGCAAUAAAAAUCAUCGACAAAACUCAGCUAAAUCCAACUAGUCUGCAAAAGCUCUUCAGGGAAGUACGGAUAAUGAAGAUUUUGAAUCACCCUAAUAUAGUUAAAUUAUUUGAAGUAAUUGAAACGGAAAAAACUCUCUACUUAAUAAUGGAAUAUGCAAGUGGAGGGGAAGUGUUUGACUAUCUGGUUGCACAUGGAAGAAUGAAGGAAAAGGAAGCCAGGGCCAAAUUCCGGCAGAUCGUUUCUGCGGUGCAGUACUGUCAUCAAAAACACAUUGUUCACAGAGACCUGAAGGCAGAAAACCUGUUACUAGAUGCGGACAUGAACAUUAAAAUAGCGGACUUUGGAUUUAGCAACGAGUUUACGGUUGGCAACAAACUGGACACGUUUUGUGGGAGCCCGCCAUACGCUGCCCCUGAGCUCUUUCAGGGCAAAAAGUAUGAUGGACCCGAGGUAGACGUCUGGAGCCUGGGGGUCAUUCUGUACACUCUCGUCAGCGGAUCCUUACCCUUCGAUGGACAGAAUUUAAAGGAAUUAAGGGAAAGAGUGCUGAGGGGGAAAUACAGAAUUCCCUUCUACAUGUCAACAGACUGUGAAAACCUUCUCAAGCGUUUCCUGGUGCUAAACCCUACCAAAAGAGGCACUCUAGAGCAAAUAAUGAAGGACAGAUGGAUCAAUGCGGGACAUGAAGAGGACGAGCUCAAGCCAUUUGUCGAGCCAGAGCUUGAUAUAGCAGACCAGAAACGAAUAGAUAUAAUGGUUGGAAUGGGUUAUUCAAGGGAAGAGAUUCAGGAAUCUCUUAGCAAAAUGAAAUAUGAUGAAAUCACUGCUACCUAUCUGUUACUUGGAAGAAAAUCAUCAGAGUUGGAUGCCAGUGACUCCAGCUCUAGCAGCAAUUUGUCACUUGCUAAAGUCAGGCCAAGCAGUGAUCUGAACAAUAGCACUGGACAGUCCCCGCUCCAUAAGGUGCAGCGAAGCAUCUCCUCCAGCCAGAAACAGAGACGGUACAGUGAUCACGCUGGCCCUGCCAUCCCUUCUGUUACAGUUUACCCAAAAAGAAGCCAGACAAGCACCACAGAUAACGAUCUGAAGGAAGAGGUGCAGUCUCGGAAAUCCAGUAGCGCGGUUAGUGGCCGAGGAGUCACUCCUCCUAGCCCGAUGCUUGGUAAUGCAAACAACCCCAAUAAAGCAGAUAUCCCCGAGAGGAAGAAGAGUUCUGUCGUCCCCAGUAGUAAUUCGACGUCCAGUGGAAUGACACGUCGAAAUACGUACGUGUGCAGCGAGCGCGCCUCCACCGAUCGACAUUCGGUCAUUCAAAAUGGCAAAGAAAACAGCCUGACAGGAAUUUUCGCUUAUGCAACUAGUCCUGCCUCAGUAGGUGCCCUAUCUUCCAUCUUUGCUCGGCUGCGGCAUCCGAAAUCGAUGUCCAUGUCAGCCUCCAGGCACUCCGAGAUGUUACCACCAAAGGCCAGUGAAGCCGAUAACUUCGGGUCUGCCACAAUCCCUGAUCAGAGAACAUCAGUGGCCUCCACGCACAGCAUAACAAGCACCACUACUCCAGAUCGCAUGCGCUUCCCCCGAGGAACCGCCAGCCGAAGCACUUUCCAUGGCCAGCUCCGCGAGCGACGCACUGCAACCUACAACGGACCACCCGCCUCGCCCAGUUUAUCUCAUGAAGCCACACCUCUGUCACAGACUCGAAGUAGAGGCUCCACCAAUCUUUUUAGUAAAUUAACUUCAAAAUUAACUAGAAGGCUCCCGACCGAACCUGAGCGAAACGGGAGAUAUGAGGGCUCCAGUCGUAAUGUGUCAGGGGACCAGAAAGACGAGAACAAAGAGUCAAAGCCAAGGUCGCUGCGUUUCACCUGGAGCAUGAAAACCACCAGUUCCAUGGACCCCAGCGACAUGAUGCGCGAGAUUCGCAAGGUCCUAGACGCCAACAAUUGUGACUAUGAGCAGAGAGAGCGCUUCUUACUCUUCUGCGUCCACGGGGACGGCCACGCCGAGAAUCUCGUCCAAUGGGAAAUGGAAGUGUGCAAACUGCCAAGGCUCUCUCUGAACGGGGUGCGCUUCAAGCGGAUAUCUGGGACAUCCAUAGCUUUCAAAAACAUUGCUUCCAAAAUUGCCAAUGAGUUAAAACUGUAAAAUGAGGAGGGGGGGGGGGGGGAGGGCGAACAAUCAUGUUGUAAAUUACGUAGCAAUUCAAAGUGUUUUUUUCCCCCCUGAGAACACUGGUUUAAUGUAUAGAAUUAUUUAGGCAAUAAUUCCUGCAUCUCCUGAAUUAUGAUAUCACAAAACGGAACAAGCUGCUGGAACGAGGGGGAGAGUCGGACUUUUUUGUUUUAAUUUUUUGUUUUUUUAUAUAUAUAAAUAUAUAUAUAAGUGCACUACAGCAUUAAAGUUGCCUACCAUGUAAUUUAUUUUUUGGCUUUUUUUCUGUUCCUGGUGAUUCCUAUCAACUAUUAUAUUUCCUUAUUGAUAUCCAUCAUGUAUGCCUGUGCAAGUAUGGCUGUUGCGUUUGCGUAGAGGGCACACACAAAAAAAAAAAUGGCAGUUGCUAAACCAAGACCUCCUGUAACAGCGAUGAUUUUGUUUUGUUUCACUUUUUUUAUUUAAAUUUUUUUUAACACUCCUUAGAUUGCAUGAGUGUUAACGGCACAUUUUGUCUUGACAGUAUUUUCAUUGUCCCGUUCGGGAAGGUAAAAAAAGAAUACAAAAAAUUCAGUGAUAAAGUGUGAGAAUUGUAAUUUAUGAGCGUGAUGAUAUGGGCAGCGAUUAAACAGUGUUCCUGCUAAAGA